AUGACGCCAUCUUCAACCUCCUCUGCAUCCCUCGAUCUAGGUCGCCCAACCCAGUCCGCCACCUCCAUAUUCAUUUCCUCUCAAUUCCGCACCAAGCCUCAGCGCCUUACCCUAACAAAAUCCACCUCGUUGGCAGGCAAAACAGCCCUAAUCACCGGUGCAACCACCGGACUGGGCUACCAUGCCGCCCACGACCUCCUAUCACUCUCUCUUUCCCACCUCAUCAUCGCAGUCCGCAACACUGAGAAAGGAGAAGAGGUCGCCUCAGGUUUCCGUCGCAAGUUCCCUUCUGCAACCAUCACAUUCAUGCACCUCGAGAUGUCGUCCUACCCCUCCAUCCAAUCCUUUACUUCCGCCCUGUCAGACAAGUUCUCAAACACCGACAUCACCAAGCCCCGUCUGGACAUUGCCAUCCUCAACGCUGGCGUCGUUUCAGCAAACUUCAGCCUAGACCCUGUCACGGGAAACGACCGUGUCAUACAAGUCAAUUACCUCGGCACAUUCCUCCUAGCCAUCUUGUUGAUACCCAUCAUGCGAUCUGUCUCUGGCGGCAACCCAGGUAGGCUCACCAUUGUCUCCUCUGGUGGUGUAUAUAACUCCAAACUUUCCCCACCUUCCCCCGGCGUCCCCUUUCUGUCAUCGUUCAACAACCUGACGACAUCCCCUUCGUCGAAUGGGAAAGGAGCAUACCAAGCAAUGAACCACUACUUUGUAUCCAAGCUCCUGGGUCAGAUGUUUUUUGCCGAGCUGAUCCGGAGGGGUUAUCUCCCGCCCUCUGAUCAACUCAUCACCAACCUUGUUGAUCCAGGUUUCUGCAAAGGCACCGAGUUGCAGAGGGAGGCAAGUGGUAUUUUGCUUGUUGGGGCGAUCAGGUUGGUCAAGGCUAUUACUGCGAGGGAUAUCAAGGAUGGGGCUUGGACGUAUGUGGAUGCUGUCGUCACGAAAGGAGCAGAGAGUAAUGGGUGCUUUGUGAUGGAUUGGGAGGUUAGCCCGUUUGGAUAUCAGGUUUAUGAGGAAGGUCACAUGUCAAUCAUGAAGCAACUCUUUGAGGAGACUAUACACGAGUUGGAACUUGCGGGGAUAAAAACUGUCCUCGAGGAAUUAAGGGCCGCUCGGAAAGGGUGGUGA